ACCUAAUUAUUAGCAUAUCCUAGUCCUAGAGUCGGGCUUGAGGGUAAACUUCCUUUACAUUAGCGGCCACUUGAUGUAAUUUCUGUGGUGUAGCGCUAUGGGCAGUCCCAAUCCAUGGGGGUAUUUGUACAUUCUCCAUCUGCAAGUCAUUUCUUCGAAAUGCAGGCAUCUGAGCGAUCAAUACGUCGAAAAUAAAUGGCAACUUUUACCACUGUUUCUGAGACUAAUGAAGCAACACAUAGCAUCCUUUGACUUUUUUGUUGAGACAGAGAUAAAGAACGUUGUCGCUGCGGAGCGUGACGGCGCGCCGAAUCACACUGUGCGCUCAGAGGUUGACCCUAAUUUUUAUUUGUCGUAUACCGACGUUUAUGUCGGGGUACCUUCCAUUGAAGAGGAUGCUUUCACGAGCACCGCGGCGACACCCUUUGAGUGUCGGCUGCGCGACUGUACUUACAGCGCUCCAAUCUACGUCGAUGUGAGGUACCGUCGUGGACCACAAAUCGUGACCACGAAGAGGGUCCCGAUCGGAUGCAUCCCAAUAAUGCUGCGAUCGAGCAAAUGUGUUUUGCAUAACCAAUCGUGGUCACAACUUGAAGCACUAAAGGAAUGUCCUCACGAUCCAGGUGGUUAUUUCGUUGUCAAGGGUGUCGAGAAAGUCAUAUUGAUGCAAGAACAGCUCUCCAAAAACCGAAUGAUUAUCGAGCUCGAUGCGAAAGGAUUUGUGUGUGCAACUAUCACAAGCUCAACCCACGAGCGCAAGAGUAGAUGCUCUAUCGUUGUCAAGCAAACGACGCACGGGCAUCGAGUCUACCUCAAGCAUAAUACUCUUGGCGACGAAAUUCCAGUGGUCAUCAUACUCAAGGCGAUGGGAAUGGAAUCUGACCAGGAAAUUGCAGAACUUGUUUCAUCUGCAGAUCUCAAGAUUGCCAAUAUUUUUGUGAAUUCAAUGGAAGAGCCAUGCGCGGCUCACGUUAAGAGCCAGAAGCAGGCUCUUGAGUAUGUUGGUCAAGCAAUUAGGGCCAAGCAAAAGGCACAAUCUGCCGAGGGGUCGCUUCCGCAAUACUUUCCUCGCUCACGACAGCCCGUUUCUAUUGAAGACGAGGCUCGUGAAGUUCUUGCGCAUGUUGUCCUCUCGCAUGUACCUGUAGAAGACUAUGACUUUGUAGCAAAACGUACCUAUAUUGGUCACGUUACAAGGCGUGUGCUUGCUGCAUCUUUGGACAAUUCGCUGUUAGACGACAAAGACUAUUACGGGAAUAAGCGGCUUGAGCUUGCCGGUCAGCUUUUGAGCCUCUUAUUCGAAGACCUCUUCAAGCGUUUCAACGCCGACCUCAAGCGAUCAGCAGAUCUUGUCCUGCAAAAGCAAAAUCGCACCGCUGUCUUUGAUAUUGUCAAGUCAACAGUCUGGCGAACUGACACUAUCUCUCAGGGCUUUGUUCACGCCAUAUCCACAGGGAAUUGGGUGCUGAAGCGAUUCAAAAUGGAUCGGGCUGGAGUUACCCAAGUCUUGUCGCGCCUAUCUUAUGUUUCUGCCAUUGGCAUGAUGACGCGCGUAAACUCUCAAUUUGAAAAGACGCGUAAGACAUCAGGCCCUCGUGCACUGCAACCCUCCCAGUGGGGAAUGCUUUGUCCUGCCGACACACCCGAGGGUGAGACGUGCGGCCUCGUAAAGAACCUUGCUCUCCUUGCACAUGUGACAAGAGAUGCGGACGCUGAAAGAAUUAGAAGUUCUUGUUUUGACCUGGGUGUCGAGCAGCUGGGCUAUUUGAGUGGUGCAGAACUGAACUCGCAUCCUGGAGCGUAUCUUGUCUUCCUCAACGGCCUUGUUAUUGGAGCCUGUCGGAGACCACACAAGUUAGCAGGCGCGUUGCGGUGCAUGAGACGCUCAAAGAGAAUAGGCGAAUUUGUUUCUGUCUACACGCACACGGUCCAUCGGGCAAUUUAUGUCGCCUGCGACGGUGGACGUGUGUGCAGACCAUUGAUAGUUGCGGCGCAUGGACAUUCACGAUUAACGGCAGCUCGGCUCGCAACUGCAUUUGCCAAAAAAUGUCUCACUUCCCAUGACCGAUCAAAUUUAGGGGAACUUUCCAACCGGAUGCGAUCUCGCGUAUCGGUCGAAAAUUCUGCAGGAGCCCUGGAUUAUUUAACUACGGCUGGAAUCAUUGAGUACGUUGAUGUCAACGAGGAGAACAAUUGUUUUAUUGCAUUAGACGAGCGUGAACUCACACCACGCCAUACACAUGUUGAAAUCGACCCAGUUACAAUUCUCGGCGUUGUGUCAGGCUUAGUUGCCUUCCCGCAUCAUAAUCAGUCACCACGAAAUACGUACCAAUGUGCUAUGGGUAAACAAGCAAUGGGCUCGGUUUCAACAAAUCAGUACGAACGCAUGGACUCACUCUUGUAUUCUCUUGUGUAUCCACAGAAACCCAUGGUGAAAAGCCGCAUUCUUGACCUUGUUCAGUUUGACGCCCUUCCUGGGGGCUGUAACGCAACUUUGGCUGUCAUGUCUUACUCUGGCUACGAUAUUGAAGAUGCGAUAGUUCUUAAUAAGGCAUCACUCGACCGAGGAUUCAUGCGGUGUGUUGUUGUCAAGAAACACCAAGCAUCAAUUCGACGGUAUGCAAACGGCGCUUGUGAUCGUACGACUGGUCCGCCACCUGCUACCUCGUUUGUGCAAGGUACAAUCGACGCACGGUACAAGCGGUAUUCCGCUCUUGACGAUGACGGCAUUUGUAGAGUUGGAGAGAAGUUAAAUGACCAGUAUAUAAUGAUCAAUCGUGAGAUUCCUGUCGAGGACCGCGAUUC